GAACGCGGAGGAGAAGCACCUGAACACACCUAAACACCUAAACACGGCUCUAAAGGAUGGACAGUGACCCCAGACGCAGGUCCAAAAGUCAGCUGACACUUCUGAAGACAAUGAAACAAGUCUUUGACCUCCUGGAGCCGGACCAGGAGGGGUUUGUUGACAUUCAGCUCUUAGUGAAGUUAGCAUCACGGUUUGGACCGCACGAACAGGCAAGGAAGUUAGUCGAAUGUUUGGACCCCAACUCUCAAGGAAAGAUCAGUUUCUUAAAUUUCUGUUUUGGCGUGCUUGUCAUUAAGGGCUACCAAAGAUUACCCCAGAAGACAGAUGACAUCCCAAUCAACAACAAACCAUUUUGUGCUUCUCCCAAAUAUUGUCAGGGCAGUGAAGAGGAGGCGCGGGUGUGUCCGGUCAUCAUGUGCACUCGGGCUGACCCUGAACCUGUCCCUGAGUGCCAGCUGUUCCCCACAGAGGUGGAUGAGCCGGAGGAGAGAGAGUCAGACAGAGACAGUGCAGUGGAGAGCACCCAAGGCUCAGACACCUCAGAGGGACCGGCCAGAGCGGGAGACAAAGAGGACGCACUGGGAGAGCUGUUCUUUCACAGGGACAAGGGCGGUCAGACCAGUAUCUCGGUGACCUCUGACCUCUCCACACGUUCUUCUGCUUCUCUGAACGAGGAACAGUUUGAGGAUUACGGCGAAGGGGAGGAGCCAGACUACGCUCCCAGCAGUCCCUGUCCAGACGACGACACUCGCACCAACGGCUACUCAGACCUUGGCUCCUCUGUUUCCUCCAGUGCGGGUCAAACUCCUCGUAAGGUGCGUCAGCAUUACACUGGCGAGCUAAUGGAUGUGUACUGCUCCCAGUGCAGCAAAAAGGUCAACCUCCUCAAUGACCUGGAGGCACGGCUGAAAAACCUCAAGGCAAACAGUCCCAGCAGGAAAAUCUCCAGCACGGCUUUUGGAAGACAACUGCUCCAUAACAGCAACUUGAGCAGCAGCAAUGGAAGCACAGAAGAUCUUUUCAGAGACAGCAUUGACUCCUGUGACAUUGACAUUAAUGAAAAGGUCAGCUUCCUUGAGAAGAAAGUGUCAGAGCUGGAGAAUGAGAUCAUUAUUAAUGGCGACCUUAAGUCAAGGUUAAAACUGGAGAACACUCAACUAGUGCACAGAGUAAAUGAGCUGGAGGAGCAGCUGAAGGACCAGGAAGCAAAAGCAGAACACAACCUGGAGCUGCAGCUGAGACGACACCGAGAGGCCUACAGCAAAAUGGAAAAAGACAAGAACACGCAGAUAGAGCUACAAAGCAACAGGGUGAGGCAGUUAGAGGAGGAAAACGGUGAUAUGGCUUUAAAUCUGUCCCGGCUGAAAUCCCAGACUGAAAAACUGGAUGAGGAGAAGCAAAGAAUGACGGAUAAGUUGGAGGACACUAGCCUGCGGCUCAAAGAUGAAAUGGAUCUUUAUAAGAAAAUGAUGGACAAACUGCGACAGAACAGACAACAGUUUCAGAAAGAGAAGGAUGCCAUGCAGGAGCUGAUAGAGGACCUUCGACGAGAGCUGGAGCAUUUGCAGCUGUUUAAAAUGGAGGCGGAGCGGCCAGGUCGUGGGCGCAGCUCGUCCUCUAGUCUGUCAGACUUCAGCAGCAGGAGCAGAGAGGUGGAAUUGGAGCACGAGGUCAAGAGGCACAAACAGGAAAACCAGAAGCUAAAAGAGCAGAAUGAGGAUUUAAAUGGCCAGAUCCUCAGUCUCAGUCUUCAUGAAGCCAAGAACCUGUUUGCCACACAGACAAAGGCUCAGUCACUUGCUGCUGAGAUAGAUAAUGCCACGAGGGACCAGCUUAUGGAAGCUCUGAAAGAACAGGAGGAAAUCAACAUUCGACUGCGACAGUACAUGGACAAAAUAAUUCUUUCUAUCUUGGACCACAAUCCUUCCAUACUGGAGAUAAAGCAGUGACAAAGCUCUUCCCAAUCGGACAAUGGUGGUUGUUCCAGUCAAUCAACUUGAAACUGAUGGAAAACUUUACCAAAGCUUUGGAAGUGGACUGUAAUGGAUGAACACCUCCCCCUGCUGUUUAUGGGGUAAAAUGCACUUGAUCUGAAGAGGAUUUUUUUUAAGUAUGAACCAGCAAUUAAUUCCAGACUGCUGCUGCUGCAAUCUCCAGUCUCCAGUCAUUUGGUGAUUUUGUACAGUGAAAAAUAUGCUACUGAUUUUACAGAUUCUUGAUGGGAGAUGAAGAAGGUUGUUUGAGUCAUUACACUGCACUGUCCCACAGUAAAACUGGAACCACAAGAUAAUUUUCAUGUACUAUACUGGAUCUUCAGCAUAGACAUUGUGACAGGGCUUUUAAGCUUCUCUGUAAUAGGCAUGGAGGUAGUAUCUACUGUUCCGUAUAUGUACGGUUUGUUUUAACUAUUAUGUUGUAUUGUGAAGGCGUUGGAAAGGACAUAGGGGAAAAGGCAGUGUCUUAAAGUAGGCAGGUCUGAUGAGAAAGUGAGUGAAAACUGAAAGUAAAUGUCUUUGCUAAUUGAUAAAAUAUGUCUUCCAGAAAAAGAAAGGUCAAUCAGUUCAAUAAGGAUUUUGUAUGUGGGCUUUAGAUGGUAAAGAGACAUGUUUUAUGCAUCAGGUUGCAAUAAAGAGUGUCUCAAAUGUAGAUUAGAGUACAGUUAUGUGCCUGACAGACACGCUGAGAUGAGAUGCACUAAUGUUGCACUGUUAUGGACAACUUGAAUGUUCAUGGUGUAUUGAAGUAUGUAAUAAGUGAGACUGGAAGACACUUUAACAUGGUUACACUCAGUUUCAUCUCUCAUAACUUUUGGUACAUAUAUGGACUUCUUAUUAACUUGUUAUAAAAUCACUGUGGAGUGAAAAAAAAAAGGUGUCGCGUGUAGAAACAAGGAUCAAAAACGAACAAAUUAAAACAAUCUUUAACUGGUAUAGAUGCUAUAAAGGCUUCUUGUGGGUGAAUUUGUUUGACAGAAUAUAGCAUAUUAUGUUACAAAAAUAUGGUUUGAAUAUUUCAAUCUGUUGUAAAAAUAUACAAACUUAUGUUUUGCUUCCUUGCACAAAAACCUGCAUUUGCAUGUGUCACCUGUUUGUCUGUGCCUUUGGAUGUCAUUCACAUAAACAGCCACUGUUUACAUUUUUUGAAGAUGCAUUUAAAGUUGUCAUAUUGACUUGACUUGUAAAUGUUGUAAUUAUUCUUAAUGACGGUUUGUAAAUGUGCCACUCCACUCAUUUCUAUGAAAACUUUUAUAUGGUUUGCAUAAAACAUGUAAUUACUAAAUCUAAUAAAAUGACAGUCCACAUUAAUUAGUAAA